UGGUUCAGCCACUAACCGUGAAGCCGGUAAAGGGUGUAUGGGACACCGGCUGCUGUCAUUAGCUACGCUGCUGCAGUUGGAGGAAGGUCGUACCGAAGAUGUGGCUUUUUCUACUGUUCGCGACUGUCGUAAUUUCAGUGAGAGCGGACCCAGUUGUGGUGUAUGCGACAUGGGAUCCCCAAUCUGAGAACAAGGUAGUGUUGCAUUACCAUGACAGCAGUGGUCACGUGCAACGGGAUAGUUCACCUCCCAGGCAUUACACACUCAGAGCAACCUAUGACAACACUAUCAACAAGACAGGAUGGGCCUUCUUGGAGAUGCACACGAACCCCGGGUUCGACGACGAGACGCAAGCUUUCACGGUGGGCUUUGUGGAGGGCGUGACCACGGCCGACCUGAUCGCGAUGCACUGGACAAACACGAUGGCGGACUACUGCAGCGACUCGGCGGACGGUCCGAAGGGGCGGCCAGCCGCCUGCCGCGCCGUGCAGAGCUUCCUGGAGAAGAACCGAGCCUGGGUCGACGACAUGGUCGCCUCGCACAGCGACACAGACCCCUACUGGCACCAGGUGAAGCUGUAUUACAAGCAACUGGAGGGGCUGUACGCCGGCUACCGCAGUGCCUUGAAGCUGCCGGACCUCACUCUGAAUGAUUUCCUGUGGCUGAACCUGCAGUCCGACAUCGACGACCUGAUGCAGGCGGUGGGCGGCCUCAAUUCUUCGCUGGGCGGUGACGGCUGCUCGGGGCUGGUGCGGCUGCUGCCGCUCAACCGCGACCUGCUGGUGGGACACGCCACCUGGUCCGGGUACAACACGAUGCUGCGCGUGCAGAAGAAGGUGGUGCUGCCGGUGCGCGCGACGGGACGCGCCCAAGGAGCGCCAGUUCCAGGGCACGUCGCCGUUUUCUCGUCGUACCCGGGAGUCAUCGGCUCCGUCGACGACUUCUACGUUCUGUCCUCCGGGCUCGUCGCGGUGGAGACCACAAUAGGAAACAACAACGCGUCGCUCUGGAGCUACGUGCGGCCGCGUGGACAGGUGCUAGAGAGUGUGCGGAACAUAGUGGCAAACCGUCUUUCUGCAGAUGGUCGCACGUGGGUGAAAACUCUGUCACGAUACAACAGUGGCACUUAUAACAACCAGUGGUUUGUGGUAGACUUCAAGCGGUUUAAGCCAGGCAAGAGUGGUGGUGUCAGCAAUGGAACACUGUGGGUUCUGGAGCAACUUCCGGGACUGGUGCGCUACCAAGAUCGCACGGAGGAGUUACGCAAGAAUACCUAUUGGGCAUCUUACAAUGCACCUGCUGAUCCCAUAAUCUUUAAUACUGGAGGCUUCCAGGACCUCGUCAAGAAGUUUGGUGACUGGUUCACUCAUGACAAAACUCCACGAGCUCUCAUCUUCAAGCGUGACUUUAAGACAGCUCAUAACCUUCCCUCUAUGUUGCGCCUGAUGACAAGCAAUGACUACCAACAUGAUCCGCUUUCGAGAUGCAACUGCACUCCACCCUACAGUGCAGAGAAUGCUAUUGCUGCACGAUGUGAUCUCAAUCCCAAAAAUGGUACCUAUCCAUUCCCAAGUCUGGGUCACCGUUCACAUGGUGCGAUUGAUGCCAAGGUGACCAACAGUACAUUAGUGUCCAAGCUUCAGUUUCUGUCAGUCUCAGGACCCACAACUGGGUCUCACUUGCCUCCAUUCCAGUGGAGCAAAUCUGAUUUUGGAGACACAAUCAGCCAUGUUGGUCACCCAGACAGGUGGACUUUCAAGCCAAUUCUACAUGAGUGGCAUUGGCACAGUAGUCAUUGAUAGUGCAGUGUGCACAUUAAAUACCACAAAAUUCUGAGUGUGGUGUCAAGUGGAUAGCUGGUUGUGCAGAUGAGAAAUUUGUUUAUAAAGCCACAUUUACAAUUUUUGGAACUUUUUUGUGUUGUGUAAGAAUAAAUGUGUGUUCUUGUAGGAA